GUGAGGAAAAAGCAGGAGAAAAUGAAUGAAUGAAUAUUAUUUUUUAUAGUAUUUAAAAAAUACUAAACAAAACAAUAAUAAUGAUGAUGCUAAUGUUAAAAAACAGUAAUAUGCACAUGACCCUGAACAAGCAAAACAAUACAAACCAAUAUUUGACAUUACAUCUAACAGCUUGGUUUUGCUGUCUUCACCGGUCAGCCUCCUUUUGGGAUCUGGAAUAACUUUGACAUAUGGGAAUAAUAGCACAGCGGUGGCUUAGGCAGAAUAGUCGAAGAGGAGAGAGAAAGGCAGAGAGUGCUUUUGAGCAGCGACUUGCACUCGUAGCAUCACUGCCUUCUCUCAGGGAAGAAAAAAAAAAAAAAACCACGGACCAGGCAGACAACCUCUGCUGGUAUGGAUAUUUACUUCUACUAUUCCUACAUCUAUUCCGUCACAAUGAGCGAAAGGUGACCUGCAAGCACCCCGUAUCAGGAGCCCCCUCCCAAGACAACUGCAUCUUUGUUGUAAAUGAACAUGCGAAAUAUGGAAAGCUUGUGCAUCCUGAUAAGCCCCUCGAGGCUGACGACAGGACAGCUCCAAAGACGGAGCAGGAAAACGGCGCUAGUAAGAAGGACCGCCCCAUGAGCACCAUGAGCGAAGCGUCCAACUACACGGGCGGCUCAGACAACAGCACCUUUGCUGAGAGCCCUGCCGCCACUGUGACCAUCUCUUCUUCGUUCACACGGCCCUCCAGGUCUUCCAAAAAGGUUCACAACUUUGGCAAGAGGUCCAACUCCAUCAAGAGGAACCCCAACGCCCCAGUAGUCAAAAGCAACUGGCUUUACAAGCAGGACAGUACAGGCAUGAAGCUGUGGAAGAAGAGGUGGUUUGUUCUCUCGGACAUGUGCCUUUUCUACUACCGAGAUGAAAAGGAAGACAGCAUCCUGGGCAGUAUCCUGCUGCCUAGCUUUCACAUCUCCAUGCUGUCGGUGGAUGACCACAUCAGCAGGAAAUAUGCUUUUAAGGCCACCCACCCCAAUAUGAGGACGUACUAUUUCUGCAGCGACACGGCCAAAGAAAUGGAGUCCUGGAUGAAAGUCAUGACAGAUGCGGCCCUUGUCCACAGUGAACCCGUCAAAAGGUUGAACAAGAUGAAAGUAGAUCAGCGAGCGCCUCAGGAGAUGAACAACAUACUGAACAACAGAGUCUUUCGUCGACCUGAGAUUGACAACAAUGAACGAAAUCGGGAGCCUGUUCAUCAACACUCCUUCUCGCGGGCGGAUGACAAAGCGCUAAAAGACGCAGAUAAACCCCACAACCAGAAGGAGCGAGAGGGCUACACAUUGCAGAACGACAGGGACCGGUGUUGCUUAAAGCAGGACGGCUACGUGCUGCACAAGGAUGCUGACAAGUAUCUCCUCCACAAGGGAGGUGAAAGACACUUGGUGCGAAAGGAUGGAGACAAGUACUCGGUUCAGAAAGUGGAUGAAAAAUACACAGUGACACCAACCGACGAACAAUAUACUCACACUAAAGUUGGUGAUAAAUAUUUUGUCUCCAAAGACGGAGAGAAAUACACGCUGCAAAAAGGGGGAGACCGCCCCAACCUUAUGAAAGAAACGCCCAAGUACGUCCCUCAAAAGGAAGUGAGGAGACAGCUUUCAUUGAGGGAGACGCCAAAUAAAUAUGGUACAUUACAAAUUGUGGACAAGUACGGCACUUUGAAGGAAGUUCGGAAGUAUAGUACACUACGAGAAGGGGAUAAAUACGCUACCCUUCGAGACUUGGAAAAGUAUGCCACGCUUCGCCAUGGGGAUAAAUACUGUUUUCAGCAAGAUCCCACGGCAGAAAUGUCUCGCACGACGAGACUCAAGCUGCAGCCAGCUCAGGCAGCUGCCAUCGCGGCGGCUGUGUCGGCGUCCCGCCAAGGCCACCAGGCCAACCUCACGACACCCAAACCCGCACACAUCAAUGGAUCAGGGUCAGGGGAUCAUAAUACGAGCGACUGCAGCCUGGGAGCGGAACACGGAAGCCAGGUUACAGUCCAACCAAGUCCAGUUCAGGAACUGGAGAGGUUGUCUAGAAGCAACUCCAUUCACCAAGUGGAGCACUUGGCGCGGAUACACCGGGCGAGAGGUUCGGAAGAGGACACCAGAAGCAUUACAUCCUACCAGACCUUACCCAGAAACAUGCCUAGCCACCGUGCUCAGCUCGUUCCCAGAUACCCAGAGGGCUACCGCACACUACCCCGCAACAGCAUGAUAAGGCCCGACAGUAUCUGCAGUGCAGCAGGCUCCGUGUACGACCGAGCUCUUCGACCCGCGUCCACAAGCGCUGUCACCACGGCGGAGAAGAGGAGAUCGAUGAGAGACGACACCAUGUGGCAGCUCUAUGAGUGGCAACAGAGGCAGGCCUUCUCCAGGCAAAGCCUGGCUCAACCAACAGGUCAUUAUGGCACCCUUGCCAGCACAAAGACAAUGGCCAACAUAUCAGAACAUGCCCCCGUACACUCCAUUCCUCCCUCACCAUCCCAUGGAUCAUUGGCCCUCUACAACACCCUCCCCACUUCCUGCCAGCAAAGCGUUCCCAACAGCAACAGCUCCCUCUCGGAGGCACCGUCACCCGUCGUAAGAGAAGAUGGGACCCUUGAUCGCCGGCAUCGGACACACCUAGCCAAGUUUGGAAGCACACUAGAUCGCCGACUCGUUGCAGCCGGUGUUUCUUCUCAGCCCAUUACUCCUCAGUCAUUACAAGGCAAGACGCCUGAGGAACUCACACUGAUGCUGAUCAAGCUUCGGCGGCAGCAGGCAGAGCUCAACAGCCUGCGGGAGCACACGGUAGCCCAGCUCAUGGCCCUGGGCAUGGAGGGGCCCAACCCCAAGACUGAUGUUCUUUCUCACCAUCUUCAGAGGAACCUUGUUUACCUCCAAAACCAGAAAAAAGAGAACGAACCUCUUAUCUUCAUGAUUCACACUAUGAUCGAGAACUCGGCACCAAGGCCGCAACUCUACCAGCAAGUCAGUCCAGAUGAAUACAAAGACGGUUCCUUCGUCCAACACAGAGAGGACAUAGAUGCCAAACUAAGCAGAUUAUGUGAGCAGGACAAAGCAGUGAGGAUGCAAGAGGAGAAACUACAUCAACUACAUCGAGAAAAGCACACUCUGGAGACGGCACUCCUGUCUGCCAGUCAGGAGCUCAGUGAACAGACCAAUUCCAGUACUUUAGCCACGCAAAGCCUGCUUCAGCAGAGAGAUGUGCUACAAAACGGUCUGCUGAGCACCUGCAGAGAACUGUCUCGAGUCAGUACGGAGCUGGAAUGCUCAUGGAGGGAGUACGAUAAGUUGGAAGGCGACGUCACCUUGGCCAAGUCCAACCUCCUGGAGCAGCUGGAAGCCCUGGGCAGCCCACAGACAGAACCUCCAAGCCAACGGCACAUUCAGAUCCAGAAGGAGCUAUGGAGGAUCCAGGAUGUGAUGGAAGCACUGAGUAAAAAUAAACCCCAGCGCAGCAUAGACAGCAAUUUAUCUGAUUCCAAGCCACUCUCUAGUCUACAGAAGAAUGAGGCAGUGACGUUGCUGCCACUCAGUCCUCCCAAGGACGCCCACGGCAUUCCCCCACGUCCGCCCCUUCCACAGUACUACUAUUCAUCAGAGCACCCCCUUCACAUGCACCAACACCAUCCAAACUCCGGCAGCCGCCCGCCCCCUUACACACAACGUCCCGAGGACCGCAAAACGGGCUCUAGGAAUGGCACGCACAGUCAAGGUCCAGACUAUCGGUUAUAUAAGAGUGAACCUGAGCUGACCACAGUCAAAGAGGAAGUGGAUGAAGCCAACGGCGACAACAAGGACAAGAGCGAAAGUGGCGUGGAGAAUGACGACAUUGUGGCCUCAAAAGCUGUGCCCCCCUACCCGGUUGGAAUUGUUGCACCUCGGACCAAAUCUCCCAUGAACCCUCCCGAGUCCACGACUAUCGCUUCCUACGUCACCCUGAGGAAGACCAAAAAGCCUGAAUCCAGAUUGGAUCGUCCCAGAAGUGCCAUAGAUCAGGUGGGCUACGGGGAGAGAGAAGUGGGCCGACCCAGGAUGAGUGUUGAGGAGCAAUUAGAAAGGAUGAGGAGACACCAGGAGGCCUCGUGUCUUCGAGAAAAGCGUCGAGAAGCUCUGUCCCGGUCUCAGUCUUUCAGCAAAGAUGACCCCUACGUUAUGCUGCAGGCCCGGGCCCAUGCGGAGGGAGCCUGUGCGGACCCAGUGGAGUUGGAAGCGGCCCUGCAGCACCUGAAGGCAGUUCAUAAUGAGCAGAGCACAGAAAAUACGCUGACGACAUCACAGGAGAUGCAGAGAUUAGAGGAGGUGGAAACGGACCGAUGUGAAGAGGCAUCGCAGGACAGGAAGAGGACCCUGCCGAGUGGAUGCCCGCUGCAAUCCGAGACCAAUGCUGACGCCGAAAAUGAGCGUUGUGAGCGGCAGAGGGCACUGAUCUUGGACAUCGGCACGGAGACCCAGCACGUGGAGAUUGUAAACCUUCGCCACUUUGAAGAUAACACAAGCACAGAAGAAGACGUGACAAGCUCCUUUAUUACAUGCGCCAAUGAAAAUAGUUUCCAGAAUCCUGAUCCAGACACGCCGAGCACGGAGCGCAUAGCGGAGGCAGAUGUGACGCAACAAAACAUCAGAGAGGAGAAGCUGGACAAAAGACAAGAAUCCUACCAUCAGAUCACGGAUGACAAGAAACACAACAAUAAUAACUUGUUAGCUUCACCGAUGUUCACCAUGGUGAACAAUGACACGUGAGCGCCCACCUCGUCGUCCGCAGCGCCGUCCUAUGGAGUCCAAAUGUAGCAAGUUUCCAACACUACAUGAUAUAUGAUGACGUCGUGCCAACAAGGAGACUGGAAACUUCCAGCACAGUGACCAAAAAAAACACUAAUCAUUUUAGGCAGAUUCAUAUCUUAUUAUAUCCCAAAGUUUUUCUAUAUAAAGUAGAACGUAUGCAUGUGUGUGUUUGUGUGUGUAUACAGGUGGUAUACCUCCAUUUGCCGCUUCCCAACCUUCACCCUUUUGGGUCAAUUAUUAGUGUACAAAACAAAAAUACAGUAAGACAACGUCGUUUUUAUUUCCUAUUUAACUUGAACCUCCCAUUAUGUCUCCCAAGGCGACCAUCAUGAAGGAUAAAGAUGGCGUUUUUGAAAAUGUAGUGUAGUGGUCUCAUCCCAAUAAGCCUCCUUGCGACGCCUCUUCCAGUGUGCAAGAUAACCACGUGGAUAAAAGUAAGGAGUUGUCCUUUUUAUCACUCUUUAUUCUAAUUAUUAUAUUGUAUUUAUUUUUUUGUAGCAUUUGUUUAUGUCCUUCAUGUGUUCUGUGUAUAGUUUGAGUGACUUGGGCGUUUAAUUUAAGGCAGGGGUGGGCAAACUUUUUGACUCGCG